UAAACUCAAAGCAUAUGGGACCUCGAAGUCAGAUAAUUGAUUACUAUGCACACAACCACACUCGGCAGCAGUGCUUACUGACCUUCCCCGUUGGAAAGCACCUAUCCGGUUCUACGUCGGUUUGUUUUUAGUGGAAGGAAACAAUUGUUUUUACGAACUGGUAGCAUAACUAUUUGACUUUAGCAUAAGGGGGAAAGUCCUUGCUCCUCGACCUAGACAGGAGGCUGUUUGCGCAAACAAAAAACCCGGGCAAGAUUCAGAAGUUUUGCAGAACAGAAAAUGGGCUGGCGAUCGGCUCUGAAGCGUUCUUUACAUAUCAGUAACAAAACAUGUAGAGAGGCACUUGCAGAAUUCGUGGGCACGUUUAUACUUAUCGUAUUCGGUUGUGGGUCAGUGGCACAGAAGGUUUUCGGGAAAGAUGGCUUUGGCGACUUUUUCUCGGUGAACUGGAGUUGGGGAUUGGGUGUGGCUUUGGGCGUAUUCUUUUCCGGAGGAGUAUCAGGAGGGCACAUAAACCCCGCUGUGAGUGUUACUAUGGCCGUCCUUGGGAGACUGAAGUGGUCUCGCCUGCCUUUUUAUAUCAUUGCACAAUAUCUGGGGGCAUUCCUAGGGUCUGCCUGUGUGUACGCAGUGUAUUUAGACGCACUGACAGAAUUUGAUGGUGGUGUGCGUAAAGUGACGGGCAGUAAAGCCACUGCAGGGAUAUGGUGCACUUUUCCCCAGCCUGAAGUUACUACUAUUACUGGGUUCAUAGACCAGGUGUUUGGUACGGCCUUACUGUUAAGCUGUAUCCUCGCCAUUACCGACCGAAGAAACAUGGAAGUGCCUAAACCGGCCGUGCCGCUGUUGGUGGGGCUUCUUGUUUUGGCUAUAGGCGCAGCAUUCGGCUACAAUUGCGGUUACGCGAUAAACCCGGCCAGAGAUUUGGCACCAAGGAUCUUUAUAACGAUAUCUGGAUGGGGAGCGGAAGCAUUCAGUUUUAGAGAAUACAACUGGUUUUGGGUACCAAUAAUUGGGCCUCAUGUUGGCGCCUUACUGGGAGCAUUUAUUUACCAGAUUUUCGUGGGAUUACAUUGGCCUGAAGACUACGAUCUGCCUGAAGAGAACAACAUUAUGAUUGAGCCUUCUAGGGGGUUUGAGAACGGUGGAAUAGAAAUGGACAUGUCUCUGCCAGAUCCAGGAGAAAGACUCUAGCAGAAUGAUCCAUUCCACUUACAUGCAAAUAUCAGUAUUGAAAGUAAGCAAACGUCUCACUGAGGCUUGUUGACAAAGAUGCUGCCAUCUUUGAGCAAAUGUCCUUCGUGAAUGCAUAAAUAUAACGCAGGGUUGUGAGAACAUAAAUCGAACAUACUUCGGAUCUUGGUUCCACGUUGAUCAUUCAAGGUUCAAAUGUCUGUAUUAAGACCAGGAUGUUUUCAAUGGGUAAAAUGUCCGGUGUGCUUCGACCAUAACACCUAACUAUUAUGAGAACGAUUAAUUGCUUUUAUUGAUAUCCGUCCCCCGGUCCAGGAAUGAUAAUAAAGGCCAAAGUCCACCAGUGUAUUCCUAGUGACAGAUGCAUGGAAUGAUCAUGUGUAUAUAACUGUUUUAACUGAUCGGUAUUCAGCACAUUUUCAAUUAUAAAUAAUUGCUGAUAACAUGAUAAACAAACUGGUCUAUUCAUUUUAAAUAGCAUAAAAUGGGCGGACGGGGGAGGUGAUCGUUGUUUUUUGUUAUUCUUCUUCCGUCACUAACCCCGUUUCCUGGUCCACCUACACUAUGGGCAACUUCUGUCGGUCUGAUAAAAUGACAGGCCUACAUGGUAUAUCAGAAGGCUCAUUAUUUAAAGCUAAAAAUCAAGCAGAAUAUUUCUUGACAAGUAUUUGUAAAUGUAUACGCUUAUUACAGGAAAUCAAGGACGUAAAAAUACUCUGGUUCCACCUGUGCAUAUUCCCUGUCAAAGUAUAGUCUGCCUAUAUGAAGCUUGAUAUUUUUAUAUGCAUCUAAAAAUCUUUUAAAGUACUAUUAUCAUGACAAGGGUUUUUUAUUUUGAGUUUGUACAUACGUGUAAGCUGCGAUAUUUCAUUUAUUUUGUUAUUUACAUCUCUUUUGGCUAUCCCGGUUCGUCAGACUUUUCAACCUACAAAUCUUCGGAAACUUACUUGACCAAAAUAACCGCAAAGUUCAAUGCUUUUUUUUAUUUAU